CGUCUCUUUCUAAAAAAUUCCAUGUUCUUUCGAUCUAAAUAAAUGGGAUUAACUCGAUUGUGUCCUUGUCAGUGUUUAGUCUCUCUUAGGUUUUUGAUGUUCUGUAACAGGAAGCAUUCUCUUUGGUCAAAUUUUAUAUCUUCUUAGUCUCUUCUCUUUCAGCUGAAUCUAGUUCUUGAAGUAUCUUGUAGCUUCUAUUCAUUGGUCCACUUGGAUGGUCAGGAAGGAAGAUGUGGAUUUCUAUUGCGGAUUUUCAAGGAAAGAGCUUCAGAGUUUAUGCAAGAAAUAUAAUUUGCCUGCCAAUAGAUCAAGUUCCGAUAUGGCUGAAUCAUUGGCUUCUUUUUUCGAGAAACAUAGUUUGAACUCGGUAGGUUUUGGGGUCCCUGUGAAUCAAGAUAGUUCAGCGACAACUUCUAGAGCACCACUGAUUAGAACAUGGAACGUGAAAAGAGGUUUUGAUUCUUAUGGUAAUAAAUUGGAUAUACCUAGAGAGGAUUAUGCUCAAGGUGCAGUGGCUAGAGAGCCAGGCUUUAUCCUUGGGAAUAAUACACCGUAUCAGGAACGAAAUGGAAAUGAUGGUUUGGUUGAUUCUACAUCUGUUCCUCCAUAUAUGAGGAAAUUGAAUGAAAAGGGCCCAACAGCAAACUCCAAGAGAACAGAUUCUCGGCUAGAAAAUAGAAUGAGAGAUGUAGACAGUGGUGAUAGUCCUAGUUCGUCUUCGUUUGAGUUUCAUGUCAGUUUAGAAGAGGGUAUUAGCCUUUCAGUUGAUCUAAAUUUCAAUCCAUCAGAUUGGAUUAAAAGCAUGAGGGAUGAGGUCAAUGUAUGUGAUAGUAUGCGUCGCAGAAAAUCCCCACAUUCUGAUCUCGGCAUCAAUAAUGCUACAGAGUGUAAGAAACAGAAGAUUUCAGGGCAAGACACGGAUAUUCAUGUAAGGAGAGAAUCAUCUAUAAGUCCUUCAGUGAAAGACAAUGCUCAGUUACCUUCUGAUCAUCAUCCCAAUGGUGAACGGUCUCUAGCAUCAUCUGCCAUAGAACCAUGCAGCAGAAUCAAAGAGAGCUCAGACACUUGCAAGGAAAAAAACGGGCUUAAUUUGUCUGUACCUGAUUCUUCUGGACCUGGCCAGAUUGUAUCAUCUUGUGUCGAAUCUUAUAGUAAAAGCUGCUGUGUAAAUCCAGUUGACUUGGACUGUAUUAUUCCUCCAGGGAAGAAGUUGGCAAGUGAAUCUGUUAUGGUUGCUGCAGAACAGAAUCAUUCAGCUGGUGAUCUCCUUGUUGAAAUUCCGGAAAAUCCAUCCAUGGAAAGUUUUCAAAAGGUCGGAAACUCAAGUACUGUUAUAUGUCCAUGGGGAGCUGGUUCUGAAUUAUCAUCAUCAGAAGCAGAGGCUUAUCACUCAAACCAGCCGUGUUCUCCGCGUAAGACCAGUAGAUCCUCAACUAUCUCUUCUCCAGAGUUCAUCAUCGAUAGAGAGUCCACUAAUUAUUCUGAGUCAUUCAAGUUCCGGUGCAAUGGAGGCAAGAACAUUCUGCCACCAAAUACCGAGGAGCAGGAAAAGAGCGAAGUUUUAAGUGAGCAGGCACGGUCAGAGUGACUUGUUUGAAGGGUGAAGCGUCCAUUAUGUUGUAUAAUAUUGUUGAAGUAAUAGAAAAGUGGCUAUAUACAUGAUGUAGAGAUAGUCAAGAAAUGGCCUUUCCUCUAACCAAGAGGUUUCUACUGCUGCUUUUUUUUUGAGGCCAUCAAAUACAUGGAGAUUCCUUCAAGAUUAUUGAGUCGAUUAUUACUCAAGGUCUUUGCAAUGACCUAGGGAGAAGUCAGUUUUUUUAGGUCAGUAUGCAAUUCUUUUUGGUUUCUGUCUUUUAUUAUUUUCAAGGCUGUCUUGUCUGUAAACGCAAUUCUGUGUUGUUAUACACAUCAUUCAUAAACCAAUGUUGGAGGUUAGCUUACAUACCAAUGUUGAAUACACCAUGUUGUUGAAAAGAA